ACCAUUCGUCUCCUAUGGACCUGUUGCCAUCUGUACAGGAAAUGAAGGUCUUCUAAUUGAACCUUGUCACAAGGUUCAUUAUUUGGACGUAACAUUUCCAUAUUUGGAUAUAAAUGACAAAUUUUAUUUUAUUUUUUUAAAUGAAGGGUGAUUGGAUGGUAAACAUGAGGUAAAAUCUCAACAACAUUUUUGGUAAAAUUUCAACCCGUGUAGUUAAAAAUUUUCAUCUAUCAAAUAAUUUUACAAAACUAAAUACGUUUUGGUCAAAAAAUUGGAGUGACAUAUUCAGGUAAAGCUUUUGUAGGUAAAAGUAUUAUAGAGGUCUUUAUUUAUGUGUUGGAUUGUAUUUUGUCUCUUGUAUUAAAAAAAUGAGUAAAUUAGUUCCUUUGCAUUGGAUAAAAAAAUAAAUUUCUAUUAAAAAUUUUAUUGAUUUUUAUUGUUAAAAUUGCUCCUUGUACGUUGACAUGAGAUACACAUGGCAUAUAAUGUAUAAUUGUCUAGUUAAUAUGUUGACCACGUUAGUUUCUAACAAUAUAAAUGAAUGAAAAUUUUAAUCAAAUAGAUAUUUUAAUGAGAUAAAAUGUAAUUUGAUUCUUAGUAUAAUUACCCUUCAUAUUGUUUUUACCGAUUUUACAUUCCUGCAACACUGAUAGUUCAUAAAUUCUAAUAUUUGGACUUGGUCGAUGAAUUGCUUCCUGCACGUGGUACUAAUCUCUUGCACUUCAAGAAUCAAGAAUCACCAUUUUGCAUAAAUUUCUCGGCAUUCUAGAUAUUGUUUUUUCCAUCUUCAUGGAGAAAGCAAGGGAAAAAUGAAAAUACAAGAAAGAUUGUUCUAUAUUAUUCUUGUUUCUGAAGCUGAAAUGCAAAAGGGCCAUAACGUGCAAAUUGAACUUAUGAUGAAAAAAAUAAAAAUCAUAACAUUGCUGGAUAGAUAAAAGAAAAAUGACUAUUUUCACUUUUUUUUUAUUUGUUAAGGUAUUUAAUGUUCAGCAUUCUGUAGUUCUAUUAAAGAGUAGAUAUUGAGAGUAAAUUUUAAAUGUGAUUAUAUAUUAUAGUAUUUUUUUAAACUAAAUAAGCCACGAAUUUAUUCAUAUUUUGGUUUAACUUAAUAAGUUGAACCAAUUUAAAUGUGUUGAAUAACAGAUACAAAAAAGAUUACAUCAUUUCAUAUGAAUUUCCUUUUGUUAAUUUAGAUUACGACCAGCCUUUUUACCAAAAGACCUUUGAAAGUGUGUCUGGGUUAAAUAACUUAUGGUUUAGAGCACCCACCAACCAUGCCAACAUUAGUUGUAUCCUCUCUUGACUUUAAUUUACACAAAUUUAUACUAUAUACUCAAACAGCUAUGGCAGAAGGUAAAGCUUCAUUAUAUAUGUUCCAAGUCCCACCUGUUUCCCCCCACUCUUUUAUCUUUCUUGACCCACUCAUUCAAGCUUGGAUAUCAAAGAAUGGCGAUUAGUCUCCAAUGCUUCCUUGUUUUGAUUUGUAUCUCCAUUUUCAGCUCCACUAUUGCUGCAACUGACCCUCCUUUGACAUUGGAUUAUUACAAAUCAACAUGUCCUAAUGUGUUUGAUAUUGUGAAGAAGGAAAUGGAGUGUCAUGUCCUCUCCAAUCCUCGCAAUGCAGCUUUCAUUCUUCGAUUACAUUUCCAUGACUGUUUCGUUCAGGGCUGUGAUGGGUCAAUUUUGCUUGAUGAUACAAUCGAGUUACAAGGAGAAAAGAAAGCUUCAACCAAUGGAUUAAACUCUCUAAAGGGUUUCAGAAUCAUUGAUAAAAUCAAGAACAAGCUUGAAUCCGAGUGUCCUGGGAUUGUUUCUUGUGCUGAUAUCCUCACCAUUGCUGCCAGAGAUGCUGUCAUCCUGGUUGGUGGACCUUAUUGGCAUGUACCCGUGGGAAGAAAGGAUUCGAAAACGGCUAGCUAUGAUCUAGCUAUGGAAAACAUUCCUUCUGCAAAUGAGGGUCUUCUUAGUAUUAUAGCUAAAUUUCUUUAUCAAGGUCUCUCAGUCACUGACAUGGUGGCUCUUUCCGGGGCUCACACCAUUGGAAUGGCACGUUGUGAGAGCUUUCGAGCUAGAAUUUAUGGAGACUUUGAAGCAACUUCGGGGAAGAAUCCGGUAUCAGAUUCGUAUCUCAGCGAGUUGAGAUCAGUUUGUCCUGCGAUAAUUGGAUCAGGAGACAACAAUGUAACAGCAAUGGAUAAUGUUACACCGAAUCUUUUUGACAAUUCAUUUUACCAUACACUUUUGAGAGGUGAAGGGUUGCUUAAUUCAGACCAAGAAUUGUACUCCAGCCUAUUUGGAAUCGAAACCAAAAGCCUUGUCCAAAAAUAUGCAGCUGACCCUGUUGCUUUCUUCAAUCAGUUCUCGGAUUCAAUGGUGAAACUGGGGAAUAUUAUGAAUUCGGAUCGCUUUAUCAAUGGUGAAGUAAGGAAGAAUUGCAGAUUUGUCAACACUUGAAGAAAAGGAACAGCCUAAACACCAGCACUUGGUUAUGAAUUGUUUGUUUGUGUCAAGAAGAAAUAAUUUAUAAAAAGAAAAUAGAUGUUAUAGUUUUCAUUGAGUUGUUGAAGAUAAAAAAAGAAAAAGAAAUGAAGUUUGCUUGUAUACCAAGAAA